GCUAGAAUCCGGUGCAGAGAUCACUGGCAAAGCGCAAGACCCCAUGUACAGUCAUGGCUCUCCCAAAUGCCGUUCUUCUGCUGGUUAUCCUGGCUGAUGCCAUCCACGGGCAACAACAGCAACAGUUAAUGGAGUACAUGGAAAGAAGGCUGGCUGCUUUGGAGGAGCGAAUCUCCCAGUGGCAUGAUCAGAGUAGUCGUUACUCCACCGAGCUGAGGGAUUUUAAAAACAAAGUGCUGUUCAUGCUGGAGUCAGUGGAGAAAGAACGGGAAACUAUCCGGGCUGAGGUAGAGAACACAGCAGUGCGGGUGGAUCGGCUAGAGCGUGAGGUGGAUUACCUUGAAACUCAAAAUCCUGCUCCAUCUUGUGUGGAAGUAGAUGAGAAGCUCAUGGAAAAUCAGGCCUCCACAGGCAAAAAACGCAAGAAUGAGAAAUAUGAGAAACUGACAGAUUGCAGUGAUACUAUAUCCCAAGUAAAAGCCAUGAAAAUUCUAAAGCGUUUUGGCAGCACUGCUGGACUCUGGACCAAAGACCCAUUAGGGAAUUCAGAGAAGAUCUAUGUAUUUGAUGGCACCAGCAAUGAUACAGUGUACGUUUUUCCCAGGAUGAGGGAAUUCACACUUUUUUCUGCUACCCGAAAGGCAGCACGUAUCCGGCUACCCUAUCCAUGGGUUGGCACUGGACACUUGGUAUAUGGAAGCCACCUUUAUUAUAUCCGACGACAUGGUACAUUCCAGAUCAUCAAAUUUAGUUUGGUCAACAAAACUAUUGUCGAUAGCUCUGUUUUCCCUGCUGAGGAGCAGAUCCCUGUCUUUGGUCUUUCAUUUUACAACUACAUCGAUCUGGUAGCCGAUGAAGAAGGUCUCUGGGCCAUCUAUGCCACACAAGAGAAUGAGAAGAACAUUGCAUUGGCCAAACUAGACCCUGCAUCACUAGACAUAGAGCAAAUGUGGGACACCCCAUGCCCUCGUGAGAAUGCUGAGAGUGCCUUUGUCAUCUGUGGGGCUCUCUAUGUGGUAUAUAAUACCCGGCUGCCCAGUCGGUCCCGUAUCCAGUGUGUCUUUGAUGUCAGUGGCUCUAUAGCAUCUGAAGAUGCUGCCCUGGUCUAUUUCCCCAAGCGGUAUGGUUCUCACUCCAGUAUGAAAUACAAUCCAAAAGAGAGGCAGAUCUAUGCCUGGGAUGAUGGCUAUCAGAUUAUCUACCGUAUGGAGAUGAAGAAAAAGACUGAGGUUUAAGAACAGCCAGGGGCUGUAUUGGAGACAGUAUCAGAGACAUGUUCCUGUGACUGUGCUACUCACUCAUACCAAGUGGCACUGUGGCAUGGUCAGCUCCUGAGAAAAUCAGCAGCCACUGAAAGUGGCAGCUGGAAUGUUGACAGAGAGAGGGGUGGGGGGAGAGAGAGAGAUGUCUUCUGUCUUCACAUUCCUCAGUUAUUGGGAUGAACUAUACAUAUAUUGAUUAGGUUUGAUUACAACUGUUCUGCAAAUAAUUGGGUGGAACUUAUAAAGGUCUAGUUCAGUUCCAACUAGCAAAGAAGAAAAACAACUGAACAGCAACAAAAGAAUGACAGUUUGCAACAAAAUGCUGAUAAUUUCUCUUGUAAUGAUACAUUUUUAGCUUAAGCAAUGAAAGCUGAAAUAGCCUUUUAAAAUUAAAAUUUCUCAUCUACUGGAGAGAUAUAUAAAUAAAUUCUACACACACACACACACACACACACACAUGCAUGCGUUCUAUCCAAUAAUUUGCAGAACAGUUUUUAAUCAAACCUAGUUUCUAAAGGGGGGGGGGUGCAUACUCUCAAUUUUUUUCAAUUUCACUAUAGCUUAAACAUCAAGCUGGCAUCUUCCAACUAGAGCUGCCAUUCUGCAGACUUUCCCUUCUACAAAAAAGCAGCCUGGCAGGAUUUUCAUUUCAUUGCCCAUAUGGGUGAGUGAGCAGGUGCUCAUGACUCCAAGGCCAGACAACUUGAGUUUGUAUUGCUAUAAAAGAUACUCCCAGCGGCUUCUGUUAGUUUAACAAGGGUGUAAAACACAUUGUUCUUCUUAUUUUUCGUGUCCUUCCAAAGAAACAUGUUUUUCUCGGAACUCAAAUGCUAUAACUAAGCAGCAGAUUCCUUCUUAUUUGUUGUACUUUAUUAUUUCUCUUGUUAUUUUUAAAUAUCUCCUCUCAGUGAAUCCAAGCAUGUUUCUGCCAGACUUUUUUUCUUUUUGCAUGCAUAUGAAAAAGUAGUUGAUGCGGUCCACUCUUCAUUGUGAGAUCUGCAGUUUGCUUGUGCUUUUCUUCACACAAAACUUGGCUCCUUAUUAAAGAAAGACCAUCCUGUGAUCAGUCUACACAAAUAUCUCAGAAUAUGGCCUAGCAGAGCUCUUGAGAUUUAUUUGUCUGAGGCCUUAUAGGAAGAAUCUCUCUCAAAAGGAAAUCAAGGCCACAUUUGAACCUCACCAGCAAGCUGGAGUUUAACUUAAGGCCUCCCAAACCAGGAAGUGUUUCAUUGCCCAUAUUUCAUGUGGGAGAAGAGAGGAGAGGAGUGAGGGGGGCACAAACAUGGUAGACAUGUCACAUUUAUAGCAGUCAUGAAAAAACAAGAUUCCUGUAAAUGAUUGCAUGAAUCUACCUUGUAUUGGAUCAGACUGUUGGUCCAUCAAAGUCAGCAUUAUCUACUCAGACUGGCAGCUGCUUUCCAGAAUAUCAGAUGAAGGUCUUUCACAUCCCCUUCUGCCUGAGCCUUUCACUGGAGAUGCCAGGGAUUAAACCUGGGACCUUCUGCAUGCUAAGCGGAUGCUGUACCACUGAGCCACACCUCCUCCCCAACGACACUGGCACCUUUCCUUAGUCCACAGGAUCCAGUAUCUAUUUGUCUCUCCCCCUUUCCUUGAAAGUCAGUGAAAAUGGCCUGUAUUUUUGAGCUGUUGAAAUCCUAUACAUUGAUGCUUUGGGUAGACCUAUUUCUUCAUACAUAUCACACUAAUUACAGUAUUAGAUGGCUUUUUAGUCCACUUUCUCAUUUUGCUUAUACUUCUCUCCCUGUUUCUUAAUUUUUUUGCAAAGAAUACUGUGAAUGCUGAGAACUGGCUUCAUUUUUUUGUAGGUUCUUGGGCAAAGAAAAGCUCUUAGCUGUCUUAGGUUGUGUGUUUUAUAUGUGUGCUUAGUGGCAUAGUCUGAGGGACAAGGUAGUGAUGUAGUAAAAGGGGCAUAUUCUCACUUUACAGCAGACUCCCCCAGUAUGGAAACAAAAUGCAUUUCCUGUGUGACAUGAGAGUCUACCCCAUUGACAGUGCAAUCCUAAAAACACUUACUAGGAGAAUAAGUCCCGCAUCUUAUUUUACUAAGUAGGAAUUUACAUAAAUGUACUUAGGAUUGCUCUUCUUAACAUCUGUGGGUCAAGAUGGCCCCAUAUGUGCUCUAGACUUAUCUGUAAAACAUGCUAUAGCACUGCAUAACUGUGCUUUCCAGCUAGUCAUGCACUAACAUUUACUAAAACAUUUCUUGGGGAGAGUCCACAAACCACAAAAUGUUUGUGUGUGUUUAAUUUGCAUUGAUCCCCAGAAACAUGUUUUUAAUAUGCUGUAAUAAAAAGUCUCCCUGAUAGCUGAUGGAUUGAUUUCCUCCCUCUAAAGGUGUCACCAUGCCAUCACUUGACGAGAAAUCUUUAAAGAAGGUGGUAUACAAAAACACAAUAUUUUCUGCAUUAGUAUUAUGCCAAGGUAUGGUCAUCCUUCCUGGCGCUGAUAUAUUUUGAUUUGUUAGUGGCACAUCCUUUCAUAGAAAACUGCCCCCCCUCCACCUCAUGUAAUUUCAUGGAAAAAUGAAUUGGCCAUACUGUCACUAAAUGAGGGUUUUCUUUAUCCUGCUUGUAGGGUAUCUCCAGCCUUUACUCCCCCCCCCUCCCUGUUGUACCUUCCUGUCUUAUUUAUUUAUACUCCUGCUUUUCUCCCAGUUGGGCCUCAAAACCAUCUACAGCACCAUUCUCCCCUUCUCCAUUUUAUCCUCACAACAUCCUGUGAUGUAGUUUAGGCUGAGAGAGUGUGACAGGCCUAGUGAGCUUCCAUAACAGAAUGGAGAUUUAAACUUGGGUCUUCAAGAUCCUAACCUGGCACUUAAGCACUAGCCCGCUUGUAGUCUUAGAAUGGAAUACAAUCUUGCAGACAUAAUUUAAGAAGCAAUACUGCAAAACAGCUUUCAAAUUGUACUAAAAACUACCGGAACCUUUCAAGUUAUGCUAAAAACUACCUGAACUAAGACACACUCUCACCUCUUGACCAUAUAAAAUCCAGCAGUUACCUCCAGCUCUAAAUGGAAUACAUGAGGAACAUAAACAAGAAGAAAAACAGGGUGGUCCUUGCAUUAAAAAAGCUGGAACACGCAGAAAAAAAGAGAGAAGAAAUAUGCUGCUCCAGUGUUCAACACCCUAGUAUGAAUGGCAAUAGUGGAUUGAAAGUAACAUUUCAGUGGUGCAAAGGUAAACAUGUUGCAUAGGCUGUGAAGUCAGGGGAAAUGCAAGGUGCCAGCUUCUCCAAAUAUAUAUAUGGCUGUUGUUGCAGAUGACCAUUGACUACUUGCCAUAGUGUGCUCAUGAUCAAUUGGGUGGGUUGAGCAGAAUUUUUUUCCCCAGAAAGGGGCACAGAGUGAAGCGCUGAGUGUAUUAAAUCUUUCUGUCAACAUGUGCUUAUGACAAGCAACAUUUUAAUAGCCUCCUGGGAUUUUAAAUAUUGCUUUCUUUGUAUUUAUGUUGCACUGAACCUUUCAAAGAACACAGAUGCUUUUCUUACAGGUUUUGUGUUGCAUUGUACUGUAUUUUUGUUUGCUUUUGUGAAGAAAUGAAGCAGUUAUGGCAUACCAUCAACCCUGCCCCGCAGAAAGGACUUUUGAUAAAUGCCUGCUCACAUUUACUAAGCCUUGGCUUGAAUUUCUCCAAUUGUCUUCAAAACACAAACAUAAAUGGAAGAUAAUCUU